AUGGCUAGAAAAAAAAGCCGUCGAAACGGUGCCCCGCAGGAGACUAUUGCACAAGACAGAGGAACAGGCAAUAGUGCUAGUGAAGGUGCUACAGUAGAUAAGGAAGAUCCUCAACCUGAGACCAGCCCCAGACACCGACCUCCAGACCAACCCCAGACACCGACCUCCAGACCAGCCCCAGACACCGACCACAAGACCAGCCCCAGACACCGACCACAAGACCAGCCCCCAGACACCGACCUCCAGACCAGCCCCAGACACCGACCACAAGACGAGCCCCAGACACCGACAUCCAGACCAGCCCCAGACACCGACCACAAGACCAGCCCCAGACACCGACCACAAGACCAGCCCCCAGACACCGACCACAAGACCAGCCCCAGACACCGACCUCCAGACCAGCCCCAGACACCGACCACAAGACCAGCCCCAGACACCGACCACAAGACCAGCCCCCAGACACCGACCACAAGACCAGCCCCAGACACCGACCACAAGACCAGCCCCAGACACCGACCACAAGACCAGCCCCAGACACCGACCUCCAGACCAACCCCAGACACCGACCACAAGACCAGCCCCAGACACCGACCUCCAGACCAACCCCAGACACCGACCACAAGACCAGCCCCAGACACCGACCUCCAGACCAACCCCAGACACCGACCACAAGACCAGCCCCAGACACCGACCUCCAGACCAGCCCCAGACACCGACCACAAGACCAACCAGCCCCAGACACCGACCACAAGACCAGCCCCAGACACCGACCUCCAGACCAGCCCCAGACACCGACCACAAGACCAGCCCCAGACACCGACCACAAGACCAGCCCCAGACACCGACCACAAGACCAGCCCCAGACACCGACCUCCAGACCAGCCCCAGACACCGACCACAAGACCAGCCCCAGACACCGACCACAAGACCAGCCCCAGACACCGACCUCCAGACCAGCCCCAGACACCGACCUCCAGACCAACCCCAGACACCGACCACAAGACCAGCCCCAGACACCGACCUCCAGACCAACCCCAGACACCGACCACAAGACGAGCCCCAGACACCGACCUCCAGACCAACCCCAGACACCGACCACAAGACCAGCUCCAGACACCGACCACAAGACCAGCCCCAGACACCGACCUCCAGACCAACCCCAGACACCGACCACAAGACCAGCUCCAGACACCGACCACAAGACCAGCCCCAGACACCGACCUCCAGACCAACCCCAGACACCGACCACAAGACCAGCCCCAGACACCGACCUCAAGACCAGCCCCAGACACCGACCUCCAGACCAACCCCAGACACCGACCACAAGACGAGCCCCAGACACCGACCACAAGACCAGCCCCAGACACCGACCUCCAGACCAACCCCAGACACCGACCACAAGACCAGCCCCAGACACCGACCACAAGACCAGCCCCAGACACCGACCACAAGACCAGCCCCAGACACCGACCUCCAGACCAGCCCCAGACACCGACCUCCAGACCAACCCCAGACACCGACUUCAAAGUUUGA